AUGAAGUUCAACGUCGCAACUCUCCUCUCCGCUGCCUCUCUCUUGGCCGGAAGUGCCAUGGCCGACAGCUACCCAUGGGAGCGACUUGAAAAGGACAACUCCGUCCUUGUCAUUCUCGACCUCCAAGAGGGUCUCUACCAACUCGCUCGCGACUGGGACGCAACCCUCUACAAACAAAGCAUGAUGGCUCACGCCUCCCUCGCCACCGUCUUCGACAUCCCCGUCAUCAUGUCCACAUCCGCCGAGACUGGUCCCAACGGCCCCCUCCCCCACGAAAUCCUCACCCUCUACCCACCCACCACCCCCCUCAUCAAACGCCAAGGCGAAGUAAACGCCUGGGACAACCCAUCCUUCGCAUCCGCCAUCCGCGCCACCAACCGCACGCAAAUCAUCCUCGCCGGCAUCGUCACCGAUGUCUGCACGGCUUUCUUAGCCCGCUCCUUGCGCGCCGAGGGCUACUCGGUGUGGGCGAACCUGGAAGCUUCCGGGACGACGACCAAAGAAAUCCGGGAGAUCACCAAUGAUGCAUUGAUCAGGAGUGGAGUGAAUGUGGUCAGUUUGUUUGCGAUUGUGUGUGAUUUGAUGCGGGAUUGGAGGAAUACACCCGGGGCGAAAGAGUUGAUUCCUUGGUUGGAUCGCUAUCUGCCGGCGUAUGGGAUGGUGGCGAGGGCGCAUAAGGCGGCGGUGGAGGGGGGGGAGGUGCAGCCCGGGGAGGAUUUUUUGGAUGAGUAA